UGACCCCUCGUGUCUUUAUUCUCUUUUGUAGUGUGAUUGAUUGAAGAGUGAAGCAAGUACCAAGACGCUGAGUACUGGGCAAUUAUGAGCAUGAGAGUAAUGACUAAGGCGAAACAAGCAAUGUAGAUCCAGGCAGCUGUAUUGCGUCCUACAGUGUUCUUUGUGCUACGAUCGAACCGGAACUUCAACAGGAGAAGCAGCUUGAUGAUAAAAAGCUAAAGCGCACCACCACCACGCAGUACGCAUUUUUAAUUUAAACGACGGAAGACUAUGUACAGUCCUUAAUUGAAUGCGGGGGCAAAAAUUCUUUUUCCAAGGAUGAUCGAUGGCUUGGCCAUCGACCACGACGGGCUGAAGCUGUAAGAUCAACAACGCAGCGCCCUAUCCACCCGUCGUCCCCUGCUUCGGUCGGUUGCUGGUCUUUGCUGCAGAACCAGGAGCAGAUAAUAUCGUCAAGAUGGCGGCAAGUAGCAGCGCAGACGCGUUUUCUGCACCAGAUCCGCCUGCGGCCGCCACGGCGCCGACCUUUGCGGAAAAAGAAGCGGACUUUGAGAGUAUGGUCUCCGAUCUGCGGGGAGUCUUCAUGGACUGGCUCCGGCGCUCAGAGAGGGAAAUGGCAGAUGCACGAGCGGAGCUAGCCGCCGCCAAAAAGGCCUUCGAGGACGAAAAAGCAAAGGUGUGGAAAGAGUUCAUGAAAGAGAAGCAGGCAGAGUAAUAUUGACCUUUUUUUUUGUGACUUUUCCUUGGUCGUCUUCGUCAUCAUUGAUCUGAGAAUAUGACGGGCUGCAUAGCACUAGUACUAGAAGCAUCUGGACGGAUGAUCCGGAUCCGCUGCGUCACCGGCAUGUAUGUGUUUCACAUGCGCCGCGUAAUGUAGGAUGACCACCAUGUUUCUUCUUUGUUUGUUCCGGAUCGAUCCUGCUUCGUUGCCUAUAUCUAUACCUUCUACGGUGCUAUGUCGAUACUAGGAUAUGCUGUAUCCAAGAGCUACACCUCUCGUCACAACAUAUGUCGUGUGUACUUCUAGGUACGAGAAGAUACAAGGCGAGCGGCGAAAGAACGAGGCAGAGAUAGCAGCUGCGAUCAAGCAGGUGGCGGUAGAACGCGAGGACGCGCGGUCCAAGAUUGCCGAGGAACGGGCGAAAUUUGAAGAAGAGAAAGAGAAGAGCAAACGACGACUCGCCUUGGACCGUGAACGGCUCAGACAAGAAGUUGAAACCUUCGAAGAGGAGAAAGAAAGGAUAAAAGACCAGGUUUGAUGCAAUGGUGCAGCUAUUCAUCUUUUUGUCACGACUUUGUUCCGAUGGACAAAAGAGAAACAAUUCAUUGACUCUAAGUAGAAGUAAGGCUUGUAGUCACAUCUUCAGUGAUGUUGCUCAGCACCACGAACUACAUAUAAUCCUUGCCGCGAGUGCAUCGUUACCUUCUAAGGGAUGGAGCUUGCGCAAAAAGUUGUAUGUAUGAGUCCCAAAAGAAUAAGAAACAUCAAAAAUUCUGGAGGCUCUCGCGUCUGAAGAAAUAGUAGACCUCAACGUGGGCGGUGUUACGUUCGAAACUUCAAAGGCGACUCUCUGUAAGCAGCCCGGAUCCUACCUGGAGGCGCUGCUAUCGGGAAGAGAGCACGUCGGCCGCGACAGAAAUGGCAGAAUUUUCAUAGACCGCGACUCCGAAUCGUAAAAAAUUUUUUGCUCUUUCGUGUUCUUUCUUUUUGGUUUGGCUCUGUCACUAAGAAGUCAAAAAAUGAUAUUAUAUUGGUCAUUUUCAGCCACAGCGUGGCUCAUCAUGGAAAUAUUGCUUCGUCAUCUUCUUUGUCCUGUCUACAUACAUUAUUGCUUUAGAUAAUAUGUGCUGCUUUAUACUGGGUAAUUGAGAGUCAAGAAUUACUACUCAUUCACGAAAAAGAGCAUGUAAAAACGAACAAGGUUCCGCACAAUUUUGAAUUACCUCCGUGGUUCAAGUGACGCUGCCGUGCCGCUGCCCAGCUCUGCUCAAGAAUCCGAAUCUCUUGUGAAGGAAUCAAAUUACUACGGGGUCAAAUUUUUCCCAUACCCGCUCGUCUUCGCAGCCGGAGGGCACAACGGCUAUGAACAUUUGUCCGCUAUGGAGGUUCUGGACGUCGGGAAUCAGUGCUGGAGGCCUUGCAGAUCAAUGCGCACAGAAAGAACCUACUUCGCGGUAAUGAAACUAGUACAGUGGACCACGACCAUCUUUAAUAGGACAACAUGAACAUCAUUGAUGCAGUUUUCUUUUUUCCUUCACUCAACCACAAUUGCACAAUUGGCGACUUGGACUUGCGCGGGAUUCCACCUCCAGCCAGGAUUUGUAUCUACAACUAUAAGAAGUGUGACUUCACUUUGAAACUAGUUCUAGUUCUGCGAUCCUGGUUUUCAUCGUCGCCUUGAGCUUAACUCGCUUCUAACACGGCUGCAGGCAUCGACGCUUUCGGCAAAGCUGUACCUCAUGGGUGGCCAGAACUUGGGUAUGACCCUUAAAAAUAUGUCUGGGUCGGAAACGCAACGAAACAGAAAGUGUGGCUGGUCCUGUUGCUGCCUCGUAUUGAAGCUGCAUCGAUAUCAUUGAAAAGUUACUGAUCUUUGUGUCUUCAGCCUUUUGCCAUCAGCAUCACGAGCUGUUCUUCUUCUCAAACAAGUAGACGGACCCAGACGUAUUUGAAAAAAUGCAUAGUGGAAUACAAGGCACUAAACGAGAUGGAAGUUUACGACUGUCUCCGUGACGCCUGGAUGGCGGGUCCGCCUCUGAAUUUUCCAAGAAGAAAUGUUACCAAAGUGAAUCAGAAGAUAGGACGUAGUUACUCACCGGUUGAUGAAGAUGUGCAUGUGCUCGAGAGCCCUUUCGAAUUAACCGUAAGUGUACGAUGUGUAAAUAAGGAAGUAAAACGACCAUUGCUAUUCACAACUCCGCAGUGGUACUCUCGUCGACCUUCCCAUCGCAGGGAAACUUGAACUUCUACGCAGGAAGACCUCAAAAAAAGAAUUGAACACACACGAGUCUUCACAGUGAAGAUGUUCACGCUCCAUAAGUGGCUACUCGUAGAUUCGUUCCUUGAGCGCGGCCUGAAAGGAUUCACAUCUUCGUGGAACAGCAAACGUUCUUCUCCCGGUGCCUCUCCAUAAGCGCCUGCUCGGAACAAGUGGACGGAAAAGUGUACAUUAUGGGGGGUUUUGACGGAUCGCAAAUUCUCUCUCACGUGGAGUCUUACGACCCACGCAUGAAGUCUUGGAUGGAAAACGCGGGAAUGACCACACCACGCUCCUCGGCUAUGUCCUGUGUGCAUGGCGGCAAGAUCUUCGUGCUCGGAGGUAGCCUACCUUGGUUCUUGUAGUUCCGCUUGUUGCACAUCAAUAUCUGACAAUUGUACUGAUUCCACGGCGGGCCACCGCUUAGAUUUCAAUAGUCAGAGUGGUCUCCGCCAGAAGUAGAAAUGACAGACUUUGAUUUUACGUGGUGUCUUCUACUUCUCCACUUCAUGUUGAACUCCACUAUUUGUAACUUAUUGUCGCUCUUUAACUUUGAUCAAAAACUCCGAUCUCCAUCAUCGACCGCCGGAUAAAUAUCUGGAGAAAUGGAACUCCCACAGGUACAAGCGGCAAGAGGCUCAAAACAGUCGAGUUUUUCGAGCCGAAAAUGAAUCGAUGGAGCCCAUUUGACGUGGACAUGAUUGACGUUCGAAGUGCUGGGCAGGCGCUGACCUGCCUGUCACAAAUAUACGCACUUGGCGGCACAGACAACCAACAAACAAUACACUACUCAGUACUUCUUUUCUCCUACUGUAGGUCGAUAAUUCAAGAAUCUGAUUGCAUGGUUGCGCGAGGCUGUCUUUUACAACUUCUGAGCCGGUUGGGUAGUUGCCUUGCGAUUUAGCACGCAGCCCAUAAUUCAAUUUAGUUUCUUUCGUGAUCGCAUGACACCGAACAAGACAUUUGCUUUUAUCCUCAUCAGGUGGAAUCAUUGGACCAGGAGACCGUGACGUGGAUGUAUAACAAGAGCAUGCAAGUCAGUCGGAUGGAUUUUGCAGCUACGGUGAUUUUACGCGGAGCAAAAGUAAGCUACCCCCAGGUGUAAUCUUCAAUUUAAGCAUGAUCGCAAAAGUGCAGCACUGGGGGUGAUGCUUACAUACACGAACACGGCAGUGCACCGCGAGCGCUUGAGCCUGAAGUUUGUUUCAAUUAUGAAAAUGAUGUGAGCACCUGCGGGAUGGUUUUUCACGGGAUACAUUUCCGAUUCCAUCAUGGUCGGCGGCGGGCAAAGUGGCGACAUUCUCGCGAGCACAGAGUAUCUUCUUAUCAUUUUGUUUACCAUCAAUGAUCUUCCGCUUUUAUCCUUGUCUCUUCUUCAGAGAGUAUCUUCCGUUUUUAUCUUUGUCUCUUCUUCAUCUUCCUUGGUGUCGCUUUUGAUAAGCGGAAAAAACAAGGGCAGAAUUAAAGCUGGUCCUAGUUGUUAUAUUGAAGCUGUCUGCUUUGCAAAGUAGGCGCCAGGCUACCUUCUGUGCUACGCAGGCCAAGGCCAACGACAUCAACCUUGAAAAAUCAAUCUGUUGCUGUACUAAAUUUUGAAUAAAGGAUCUGAAGAACAUCUUUUCUGAAAACAGGUUCUACCGGCCCGAGCUCGACACGUGGCAAGUCGGUCCGAGUAUGCUCACGCCGCGUUACGGGCAUCAGUACCUAACUGUGUCUCUGUAGGUGUUGCGGUCAAAUAGAGGCGCGUGUCUUGUCAUGCAGGAGGUACACUAGGAAAAGGGACUGGCAAUAGCUGCAUCUUCACAUUGGAGGUUCUCUUCACUGUACUUUUCUCUAAAUCUGACACCGAUAUGAUAAAUUAAACAAGCUCUCCGCCAGGAGCAUCUUUGCGGUUCAUCACCUCAGAGAUGAAGACCAAAAAAUCGAGAUUAUCGACAUGUUCGAACAAGCUUUAGUUAAUAUAUACUCAAUGUCAACAACCUCAUGCGUUUUUAACGUUAAAUCACAAUGACUAAAACUACACGACGGCGAGCCACGCGUUGUGGACAAAGGCGUGCUAGCACUUGUUGUCCGUCUUUGCCUGAUAUGUAGUAGAACGCUUGGAAUGCCGCGUCGUGGUGUUCAUUCUGUUUUUUUGCAACUGUAGGAUUCUGCUGAUCAUGGCUAUCUAGCGAGCCAUGUCCACCCGCGUCGCGCGAAAGCGAAAAUGCGUGGCCGUGAAGAGCCGAUUGCUAGUUUAUGUCUAACAACAUUUGGUCGUGCAGGAGGAGGAGGAAGUGA